CGCCUCUUUGCCAUGUUAUUGUCACUGUGGUUUAGGUUGAGACUGCAAAGUAAGAUGGUGGAGCAAAAGAAAUCUGACAUGGAACGAGGCAAUAUCUUGCACCCACUGAAGACUGACUGGUAAGUGGGCAGCCAGCCAGCCACGCCCGCCUUCCAUUGCUAUGGAUGCCUGUGCCCGUAUCAAAGGGGUCCCACUUAGGACUCGAGCUUCCAUUCGGAAAGAGACUGUGCGUGACAGUGGGGCACAGUGUGUGAAGAGCCUCUUGAGGAACAAAAAAGAGCUGUGCAGCCUAGGCCUGGAGCUACAAACCACAAAUGCAACAAGGCUGACCCAGAUACACUUUGUGUGUCUUCCUGGUCACUGUGAAGGGGAGGAUAUCACUCUACAGGCUCUGUCAUAUUCACCGGGGGAGUUGAACGAGCUUCUCCGGUCUCUCCACAUCCAUAGCCUCAGGAACGAUGAGGUGCUGCUGCUGAAGGAUUCCCGCAAGCUGCCCGACCGGAAGGAUGCUGGAGCUCAGAGCUGGUUGAAGACCAUAUGUGUGUUGAGACACAAUCCAAGCCCUAGUACCUGCCCUCAAUCCAGUGUGGCUUCUCUGGUGGGCCUCCUGGGGCGCUACAUGGUGGGCAUCCGCUAUGUCCUGGAACUGCAGGCUCUACACAGGGGCAUGAACGAUUCUAGCCAGCCGGAGGAAGACGACACCAACCAGUCAGUUUCAUCAAUUGAGGAUGACUUUGUCACUGCCCUCGAGCAUCUGGAGGAUGAGGACACAGUAACUUCCUCUGCAGCUUUCUAUUGCCAUGGUACAAAGCGUGACGUUGCAUCCCAGACAGUCCCGGCUCACAAGAGACGAAAGGACCUUUCAGGCUCGCGGGUUAUCAUUAGCUCCACCUCUAAGAAGUCCACAGCUAAACAUAGGUCUGGGCCAGAGGUGUCCAUCACCGUGCAGAGGUCUUCAGGUGUGGAAUCCCAGUGGACUCACUGCAACCCUGGAGCCCGUCUCCCUUUCCCAUCCAUCCGUGACAGUGAAUCAGAAGAGUCAGACUGCUCCAGCCCCAGCCCAAUCAUCUUUCUGGAUGAAGUGGGCUACCAGAAGAGCCUCUUGGCCAAGCUGGACAUCCCCCAGGUCCCAGGUGGACCUAGAGAGCGAGUAGAGGACUCAGACUCUGAGGUCAGUGAGUUCUUUGACAGUUUUGACCAGUUUGAUGACUUUGAAGAGCUGAGCUCAGAGAGCUGCACUCUGACCUUGCCUCUGGACCCUACAAGUGCCCCUACAGCACCAAAGAGGAGGCCAUCCGACACAAUUACCAGUGGAUCUAAGUAUGUAUCUCGAGGCUGCUCUACCAAGGGCAUGAACCCCCACCGUUUUGACCAACCCACCCUCCCUGCCAAUGUGAAAAAACCCACCCCUCUCAAACCGGGCUCCCCCUAUUCACCCAACUCUGAGGUGCCUGACUCACCCCGGCCGGUGCGAACCUCCUGCGAGGAGAACGGGGGUCCACUCUUCAGCCCUGUCAGCUCCUCAGCCUUCAGUCCUCUAGGAGAUUCCAGUGAACCUCUUGAGUACUUCUGGAAGACAGAUGGGGAUGGAGGGGACAGUUCAGAAUUGCGUAAGCCCCAAGACCUUUGCUCUCUGUAUAAGACCUACUCAGACUUCGCCAGCAGUCUGUCCAAAGAGAUCCUGGGCUCAGUAUGUGGCUACCAGUCUCCGGCUGACAUCAACGACAACAAGAAUCUUAGCUGUGUCUGCCACAAGGAGUUUCAGAACACCUCAGGCCAUCUGAUGAAGCUCUCUGAGAUUCAAGAGACGGUGACAGUGGCCAAGCUGCAACAGAAGUCUCAGUCUCUGAAGGACGGCAUUCAGAGGUUUGCCACUGACCUUGUGGAGAUGAGCCUUGGCAGUGCACUGCGAGACCUUCAGAAAGGAGUGUCCUCAUGCACUACAACACUUUGCCAUCUGGCUGCCAGGCUAACCUCCUCUGUGUUUCAGAUGGCCUUCCACGAGAUUGGUAUGCGGCAUGCCUAUGUGCUAAAGGAACGUGCUAUCAAUGGGUUGGCUAGCUUUCUGGUUGGAGAGGCUCUCUCAGGGGCACUUAAAGAGUUUCUGACCGUCAAAAAGCAGAUCUUUCACAGUACUGUGUCACGUUUUGCUGCUGACCUGGCUGAAGAGUUAGUGUUUGAAGGAAUGAUGGAAGUUUGUCAGUUUUCCCAUCCCUCUACACCUCUCAGCCCUAGAGACUGGUCCUUUAGCCAGGGCGUGGAGGAAGAAGAUGAGGAGGAGGAGGAGGUGGUCUCCUCUUAUGCUUCAGACCUGUCUGAGUCUGUUCUCCAGGAGGCCUUCAUAGAGCUCUCGCAGGCUGAUGUGGCCUUCACCAGCCAGGCAGCUAUCAGUGUCUCUCUUGACAACAUCUGUUAUGUCAGCGCAGAUGAUACAAGUACUCAUACCUGCAGUACUUCUUCUGGCAAGCAGCUUAUCAAUACCAGCCCUUCUGAAGCAGCAUCAGGUUCUAUAGGGGAAGAUAAGGCCUGCACAAUGAAGAAAGCUUUGUUCACUGUGUCAGGCAUGGCCAGCUGUGUUCCUGUGCCCCAGGCAGGCCAGGCCCUCUCCCACCUCCAGGUUUCAGAGGAGACAUGUCAGUUUAAGACUAGCAUAGCUCAAACCUCACAGACCAGCCCCAAGAGAAGCCUUGUGACCGCAGCCUCUUCUGACACCACAACAGCUACACAGACUGACCUCUACCUCCAUGCAACCCAGGCCCCUGGAGGGGAUCCCUCACAUGGGAAGUCACCCUUUCACAACUUCUCUGGGAACAUGGUGGACAUAAUAGUAAAUGAGGCUUGUGACCUAAUAACAGCCACCAAGAUGAAAAAGAGUUUUGGUGACUGUGCUGACUUCCUUACAAAGACCAUCGCAACCCAGAGAGGUGCUUUUUCUGGAACAGGUUCAGUUAGUGAUGAGCACCUGGAUUUCUCUUUAAGGCAGGGAGCAGGGGGGGAGAGCUACACACAUGACAGUAAAGGUUCAUGUAUAAGAAAGGGUGGCCCCGCUGAGCAGACAGAAUGUCAGAGCCGGACGGGGAGAAUUAGUUACGACUCUGGCCCCAGGAUAAGAGCAGUAGCUGAGACAUACCCCAUGAUGGUUAAGGAUUCUCUUGAUGUACCGAGUACAGAGGUACGUGGUCAAAGAAAGAUGUCUAUUGCCGGGGAUGAUUUGGCCCCUAGCUCUGGUCAAAAAUCAGGUGGGACUCCUGGCACUCCUCCUUCUACCCCUCAGCAGCCCAGCGAGGUGUGUAAAGAGAAACAAAUUAAGCAGUUCUCAAAGAAACUGAAAGGCAAGUUGGCUAAGGAGUUUUCCCCUGCCACCCCACCUCCCACCCCCCACUACCAGCCUGAGCCUGGCCCAGGGCCAAGGGAUUCCACCCCUGAGGAAGACAAGGCAGAUUUCAUGCUGAAACUGAUGCGAUCUCUAUCUGAGGAGGUAGAUGGCAAUGGCGAAGAAGAGGAGGAUGAGGAAGACCCAGAGGAUGGUACACACAGUUGUGUGGAGAUGUGUGGUCACCGGCCUGAACUCAACCUGUCUUCAGCUCGCAGAAUGUCACACAAAGAAGCCCUCCAUUAUGCGGAACGGCUUGCUUGUCAUAUUGUGUCCAUGGCAACAGAGAUGGACACGUUGGGAGUGGCAGAAGAGGAGGGAGGGGUGAGAAUGAGAGAUGAGGGAAGGAGAGACAGUGUGGCACAGUUUUCAGAGCAGACCUUGAACACCUUGUGGGUGUACGCAGGGGAAGUGGCUGGGGAGGUUAUUAGGGAUGUGAGGAGAAUGGUGGGCUCUGGACAACAAUGCCCUUAUCACAGAGCUCUCAGAAGAAGAAGCCUGGACAGGUCUGAAUGCCCCCAUCACCACCAGCAACAGCUUCCUGCCAGUACAGACUGGAGGACAGGGAAGCUGGCUGAGCAGCGGUCGAGUGACCUGGCUUCUGCCCACCAUUCACCUUCCACCGCCAGCUCAAGCUCUGGCCUGUCCUCAGAGUACCCCAGCUGUGAGAGUGUGACUGAUGAAUAUGCUGGUUACCUCAUCAGGGUGCUGAAAAAGGAAGGAGGCAAUAGGGAGCUGGUCUUGGACCAGUAUGCUAGCCGUUUGGCUUACCGCUCUAUCAAGCUAGGCCUGGCCCAUACUGCCCGUAAAAUGAAGCAGAGAUCUUCCACCAACCCUCUCCACUCGUCCAAGUCUCUGCCAGAUGGAUGGAAGGGGCCCAGCAGUGAGGCCUCCUCAGCCAGGGAAAGGGCUGGGACAGGAGGCUCCCCCUCUGGAGACAGCAGUCAAUGUACUUGCCAGGACUUUGAGGAGCAAAGCCAGAGGGAGUAUACGGAUCUGGUAAACUUUGCAGAGUCUUUAGCAUACAACAUCACCUGUGAUGUCACACGCAAACUGCGCCUUUCCUCUAUGAGACUGCCCAAGUCUCUCACUGACUCCUGCCUCUAUAAGAAAUCUAAACUUGAGGACAUGGCAGAGAAUCUCAUCAGGAAUUCAUUCUCCUGCCCUCUUUUGGCCAAAGAAGGUAAGAACAGGCAUUAUCACAGCACAGGCAGCCUGUAUGAUGGAUACAGCACUGGGGUGAUGCAGGUCAUAGAACAUUAUGCUAAGAAGAUAGUCGAUGACACUCUGGAGAUAAGCCUGACCUCAACUAGGCAUUCAUUAAGGGAGCACCAGCGGCCACAGGGCCCGGCCAAGCAGUCCCAUGCCAAAAGGCUGUCUGACGGGGCUGCACUAGGCCCUGCCCUGGGGGAGAGGACCUGUCGCUACUGUCAGAUUCAGGAGUGCCCCUACUGCAUCAAGCCCAGCAGGCACCAACACCAGCAGGCAGGCCAGAGUAAGAGGGGGGGACAGGAGUGUAAGGCCAGGGCUGAGCAACUCUCUGGCCUGGAGAUUCCCAAGAUCCAUAUUGACCUGGACCGCAGGGCAGCAUUUGCUGAGGAAAUGGUGUCCAUGGCCAUGGAGACGGCCAAACGUGAGCUAAGCAACACCAGCCUAAAUGCCGAUAGUGGUAUCGGCCAUGAUGGGGCCAGUUACGCUGAAAGCCUGACCGCUGAGAUCAUGACCUCAGCCUUGUCCAAUGUGUGCCAGGCCACCAACCUCAGCUCUCCAGGAAGGGAGACCACAGAGUCAACUGUGUCCCAGCAGCUGAGCCUGAGUGUAGGGGAUGAAAGCCUGGGCAGCUGGUCCAACCUGAGCUUUGAGGAUGAGCACCCAGAUGAAAACAGUAGCUUCCUUCACCUCAGUGACAGUGACUAUACUGAGGACAAAGAAACUGAAGUCAAAGAGGAAUCCAGCGGGACAUGUGUGGACAGGACUCAGGUGCAGGCUCCCAGGGCCCUGCUAGUGAUGGCAAACUCUGAAAUCAGAGAGCUCAGUCAUGGCUCACACCCCGCUACCCUCGACCCUCAGCUCCGGAGCAUGCUGCAGUGGGUGGCUGCUUCCAUGGCUGACCUCCCACAGGUCCAGCUGAGUCCUGACAGAGAGCUCCAGCAGCUCCCAGCAGUGGUCCAAAGGCUUAGGGAGCGGGAAUGGAGGGUGGGAGAGCUGUUUCAAGCCUUGCUGCGCUACUGUGAAGAGACCCAUUCCCACAGCCAGUUCCAAGCUCAGCUCCAGCCAAGAGAGGAGCUACCCCAGGCAGGCAGGGAACCUGACCACACUCCCCUCUUUCAGUGGCUCCUAGAAAACAUUUAAGAGAAUCCUAAAUGUAAAGAGAAUCCUCUCCUCUCCUCUCUUCUCUAAAACCACACUAUCCAGUUUAUCUAGUGAGUACAACAAAUGUUGCACCGUAUGAAGAUUGCCAUCAGAGAUGGCUCACUCUCUCGUAUCACCAUGUACAGAAGUGGUCUCAUUUAGAGCAUUAUACCCACCAUUACUCAUAGAGGGCGCCAUACAAAUCAACUGAUGGAAUCUACUCUGUGUGCAUGCAUGUUUUGCAAUGCAUGCCGUGAUCAAGAGUACCUCUGUUUUAUUUAUUUUUUUCAACCAUUUUUGUGGGCGUUUUGUUUAACAUUACACUGCAUAUCACAUGUUGAUUUAGAGAGCUAUCUAACUAUGCCCACCUACAUCUUUGGGUUAAAGAUUUAUUUUCCCUCUUCCGUUGCUUUUGCUACAGAGAGCAAAAGAUAGACCGAGAGGUCCCCUGUUCCAGAUAGACAGAAAGCAGGAAGCAGAGUUAAGAGAUUUAAGAGCAAGAAUAAGAAUGUGUUUUCUGUUAGGGAAUCCCCAUAGCUGCUGGGCGGAUGAUGUCAAACCCACAGCUCACCUCUGUGGUGGUGUUUCCACAUGUUUAGAGACCAACCACACAGACUCACACACACAUACCACACCCUUGCAUUAUUGGUGCCAGAAGGAAUUCAGGAUACAUUGAAUCACAUUAGCCCAAAGUAUAAGCCUAUCGUUGAUAUAGUAUUUGGUUAUUGAAUUAAUCCAGACAUAAUUGUCAUUCAUAGAUCCAUUCCCCUGGUAUAGUGUUUACCCUGGUAGAAGGCUAGUUAGCACUGAAUGAAGGGGAGUUGCUGGUAUUAAGAUGCUCCCUCAGAACUUUUCAGAGUAAGUGAAACGUUAAUGCUGUGGUUAUCACACCUGCACUUUUGCCCCCUCAUAAUAAAACCCAUUAGAUGACUUUUACAUUACACUAUACAUGUGCUUUGAUGAUUACAGUAUAAAUGUGCUUUGAUGAUCAAACUGCCCUUUCUUGUGACACAGUAAUGGUUAACGCUGUGUGAUAGAAGUUGCCACCUGUCAGUGUCGGUAUUACUGUCUGUAUUAACAACACAUCUCACAUCAAAAACGGUCUAAACAAUGCUUACAUAGCCACAAUGGCAUUGGUUAACAAACCUUGUAAAAUAUGUGUCUCUAGAGAGGUUGAUGUUGUCUGGGGCUAUUGCUAUUAAGAAAGAAAUGUAUAUUUUUGAAAUUAGCGUAUGCCCAAUCAAACAUUAAAUGCUGCUUUAUAUGAUGAAGGAAGCCUUCAUGUCGGCUUCAUGUUGCCAAACGUAGCUGGGAUGAUCAUCACCCCUGUGGUCCAAGUAGGUAUUAUAGCAGUACGUGUGAAAUGUGUUGGGGCCCCUUGUCCAGUUUGGGGGAAGAUCCAGUGACGCAGAUAGCAGAUAGUUUUAAUCAAAUACAUUCCCUGUAAGUCUGUACCUCCAAACCACAACUUGAAGCAUCUGCAUAGCUUAACCCCAGAAUCACAUAUUCAGUCACCCACGCUCUGCACGUCACCUUGUGGGAUAAAGGCCACAACUUCCACACAUUAACCUCCUCCAUGCAUGCACGCACACACACACACUCCUCUCUUUCAGUGCACUUUUUUUUUUAAAAUGUUAUGUUAAAUUCGACUGAUGCUGGGUACUUGCACCCCUGCUGCCCUUGCCUCUUUCCUGGCUUCUGUGUUGUUCACACAGAGCAGAAUGUCUGGCAUGCUGUGGGCUCUAGAUGAAGUAGCCUGCAGUCAGUCAGUGUUUAUGAAAGCAACAGCACCUCUGAGGAGAAUCUAGCCUACACCAGCUCUAAAGGAACAUUACUGAGAUUCAUGUUAUUGGUUUUUUUUUCUUCAUCAUUUUGGAGGGAACUGAUGAUGACGAUGUGUAGCUGUACAGCCCUGGUAUGAUAGGGCUGGUACUUCCCGAGUUUGAAACACUGUAAUAUACCAUGUCUUAUCAUCUAUCCUUAUUAUUAACCGUUGUUGACAGCGUUUACCUGCAUGGCGAAAUCUUCAUUGACGUCUUCAGCUAAAAUAUUAUUACUAUUUCUAAUGUACUGGCCAAGCACUGGUUGAGCGCCUGUUCUUCUGUGUCUGUCCACACUGCCUAACAGUAAAUAAUAUGCUGUAGGCCUCUGCUGAUGCCUUGUCUAUUACUGCUAAAUCACUAGGCUGCCAAAUGUUCUCAAUCUUUAGAGGUAUAUAUAUAUAUAUAU